GAACGCUCGCGUUAGAAUACACAACGAUAUUGUUCUUGAUUAUAUUUGUGGUUUAAAUAUUUCAGUGCUGUGAAAUUAUUUGUGAUAUUACUCUACAAAGUGUUGUGCUACUUCUGUUUCCGCGAGCGUUUUAAAUUUGGAGGAAAUAGUGAAGUCGUGUUUGUGUAUUGAUUAGUGGACUUUGUCACUCUAUUACACAUUGUGGACAAUAAAUUGUUUUUAAUUAGGUUCUAAUUAGUUUCUGAGUUGUAAACGGUACAAAGUGAGCGAGGACUGUCUAAAUCAGGUGACCUACUUUAUUGUUUAACCUCGAUACGUUUGACACAUAACCUAAAAUAACCAAAAAUACUUGUAGAUCUAUAGUGAUUAUUAGUGCCUUCCGUGAUGAUUUGAUUUGACCAAUUUCAAAAUCUAUGGUAGAAGUGUGUGCGGCGGACAUGGGUAUAGAAAAGACUACCGAGCACGAGAGCGGGUAUUUCGAAGAGGAAGAGGACAUAGAGGACGAGGAAUAUGUGAGAGUGAAGAAACAAGGAGAUGAUAGAAGUGUGAGUGAAGUGUCAAGUAACAACAAUGAUUGUGAUGUAACCAUCAGCGACUGUAGUGAGGAUAGCAACUACUUCAAAAGUAGGAGACGUGAAAAAGUUAACCUGACAUGCAAGGGACGUGUGGAUAUGUCAUGUUUUGACCUGCUCAAAGUCUUGGGCACCGGAGCGUACGGGAAGGUGUUCCUGGUCCGCAAGAAGGGAGGUGUCGACGACGGCCGCCUGUACGCUAUGAAGGUGCUGAAGAAGGCGACUAUCGUGCAGAAGAAGAAGACCACGGAACACACCAAGACUGAGCGACAAGUGCUGGAAGCUGUGAGACAAUCACCCUUUCUGGUCACACUGCACUACGCCUUCCAGACCGACGCCAAACUCCAUCUCAUACUGGAUUUUGUGUCCGGAGGAGAGCUUUUCACACACUUGUACCAGAAUGAGCGCUUCCCCGAAUAUCAGGUCAGGAUAUACAUUGGCGAAGUGGUUCUGGCUUUGGAACACCUACACAAGUUGGGCAUCAUCUAUCGCGACAUCAAGCUAGAGAACAUCCUUCUGGACUCCUCAGGACAUAUUGUACUCACGGACUUCGGCCUCAGCAAGGAGUUCCUGCCUCACGAGAAGGAUCAGCGGGCUUAUUCCUUCUGCGGCACCAUAGAGUACAUGGCGCCUGAAGUAGUUCAUGGAGGAAGUACCGGACAUGAUAUCGCGGUAGAUUGGUGGAGUGUAGGUGUUUUAACCUACGAGCUGCUCACGGGAGCUUCGCCUUUCACUGUGGAAGGAGAGAAGAACACUCAGCAGGACAUAUCCAGACGUAUCAUGAAGACGCAGCCACCCAUUCCGCAAUACCUCUCGGCUGAUGUCGCAGACUUCAUAUCCAAGUUGUUAGUCAAAGAUCCGCGUCAAAGAUUGGGUGGAGGGGAAGACGACGCCGAAGAAGUCAAGCGGCAUCCGUUCUUCAAGGACAUUGAUUGGGACAAGUUAGCAAGAAAAGAAGUGCCAGCCCCUCUUGUGCCCAAAAUCGCAAAUGAAUUAGACGUUAGCAAUUUCGCCGAAGAGUUCACCAAAAUGACACCAGCUGAUUCACCUGCUGUGGUUCCUCCUAAUUAUGAUAAGAUAUUUAAGGGAUAUUCUUAUGUUGCUCCUUCAGUUUUAUUCACAGACAAUGUCAUCAGCAGUGAAAUUUUCCGUCCAAAUGACAAACGGCCAACGACAAAUAACAUCAUAGCCUGUAAAUUCAAGAACUCUGCGUUUUUCCAAAACUACAACAUCAACCUAGAGCGGGAUGGUCUAUUGGGCGACGGAAGCUUCUCGAUUUGUCGCCGUUGCACAGAAAAAACAACUGGGCACCAGUAUGCAGUCAAAAUCGUCAGCCGAAAGAUCGACUGCAAACAAGAGAUUAACCUGCUACGAGCCUGUCAAGGGCAUCCGAACAUUGUCAACCUCCACGAGGUCUACUAUGAUGAGGUCCACACCUAUCUGGUCCUAGAGUUGCUGCGAGGUGGGGAGCUCCUUGAGAGAAUCAGACGCAAAGAUCGCUUCACCGAGACGGAGGCAAGUCGCAUCAUGAAGCAACUUGUUCGAGCGGUCAGCUUCAUGCACGAACGCGGCGUUGUUCAUCGAGAUCUUAAGCCUGAAAACAUGCUUUUCACCGAUGAAAGUCCAAACUCCACCAUCAAGAUUGUGGACUUUGGGUUUGCACAACUGAAGAAGGAAGGUGACUCUCUGCACACUCCUUGCUUCACGCUACACUACGCAGCACCUGAAGUCCUCAACCAAGCUGCGGACGGCUACGACGAGAACUGUGAUUUGUGGAGUCUGGGAGUGAUUCUGUACACAAUGUUGAGUGGUCGAGCUCCAUUCCACGCCAGGUCUCGAGACGAGAGUCCGACAGCAGUCAUCGCUAGGAUCAAAGCAGGAGAGUUUGAUUUCCUCGCGGAGGCUUGGAGUUCUGUGUCCCAUGAAGCGAAGACACUCACCAAAGGACUGUUGACUGUGGACCCGCGUCGGAGGUUGCGCAUGACAUCACUGCUGGCUAACCCCUGGGUACAAGGCUGUGAUGUUUCCGCUACACCACUGAUGACUCCCGACGUUCUCACAGGGUCGACCAACAGAUCAGCUGAGCUCGGAGUGAAACAUGCCUUCAACGCGUUCCAUCAAGCUCAUCGGGAAGGCUUCCGACUACAGGAUGUCUUCAACGCAAAACUUGCUCAACGAAGGAGGUUAAAGAAAAAGUCAUCAAAUGAUAUUCGAAGCUGCUCAACAUCAAGUAGUUUCUCCAGUUCUAGCUCCUCAGGUCACUCAUCCAUCCAGACGCCCAUGAGUGGAACGUCUCCAGUCAAACGGUCGGCCACCGCUCCCAAGUCUGAUGUGUUCAACUUCGGAGAGGAAAGAGUACACGAGUACCUCUCCAGUCUUUCUUCGUCCUCAUCUGAGAACAGCCACAUCUUGGCUCACUUACCAAAGAAACAAAAACUCAUUCCAUUCCCCGAGUGCAAAGUGAAAAGUGUUCCCGACAGCUUGUGUGCCGGUCCUAGUUGUUCACAAAAGACAGAACUCAUAGACUGCCGACUCAGCCAGGCAGAGUUCACCGAUUUGGAAGUUGGCAGCUACGAACAGGUUUCCGACAGGCUGCCAUCAGUCAGUGAUGUAGUUCUGGAAGACGGAGUGCGGGAAGGCCCAUUGACUCGGUCUAAAAAGAGAAAACUCGAGUCUGAACCUUCAACACCGUCCCCGGAAGCCAAGAAGACAAGAAAAGACAAAAUCAAAACCAAAGGUAGCAGACAUCGCAAGCACCACCAUCGGUCGAAACACCACAAACACCGAGUAGAGAAGUGUCCCGACGUCAUCACCAUCGAUUAAUUAUUACUUAAGUUAGAACGAAUUCGAGUUAUUGGGUCCUUUCAGACAUUUCAACCGUUUUGAUACAGUAACAAUUUUGGAAAACAAAACGAAUCAGAUAAAAGACAAAAUACGGUAAAUGAUUUUAGUCCUUAAAUGCCAACCAAUGCAAGGGGGUUAAAUUUUAGUGAAUAUUUUGGAUCUGGUGCUUAGACGAAUAACAGAAGGACACAACUCAAAGGUUGUGAUCGACUUGAGGAAGGAUAGUCACGUAAAUGCUUAGUCACUAGUUGUUUAGAACUCGCAAUUAUCAGGGAAUGUGUUGUGCAUACUUUGUAUUAGAGAAUAAAACUACCAUUGUUAUUUUAUUUAAAAGUAUUUUAUUUUUUGUUUUAAGAUUGUUUGCAUUUAGUUUUUAUUGUAGUGUGCAUGAUUACCACUGAAAUGGCUUGGUUCAUUUGUGGGACAGGAUAUGUAACUCUACAAUAAUUGUUUAUUUUAAACUAUUAUUGUAAACGAUAGAUUAUAUAAGUUUAGAUGAAUUAUAUUUUUGUAUCAGUUAAAUUUUUGAUUUUCUUGUUUAUAUGAAGUACAAUUUUUUGUAUUAAAUACUUACGUUUUACUUCCAAUGUGGUAUUUUAACUUGUUUCAUGCAACUACUUUAUAUAAAAGUGCCUUUUUACAAUUGGUAUACAACUUGUUACAGUUAAAUUUGAUUUUUUCAGAUCGUUGAAGUUUGUUAUUUUGUUUACAGAUUUCUAAGUUACCAUCUUUAUGAGGAUAUGUAAAUUGUUUUCAAUAUAUUUAAAUGAAGUUUUCACUUUUGUAAGCCGAUGUGAUAGUAAAUCUUACGACCCUAGGCUAGCUCUGUGUUGGCCGUGCACUGUUCUCAAUCAAUGUAGAAUAAGUCUAAACAGCAUUGUUAGCCAAACUGAGACAAAUUUUGAUCAAGUAAGGGAAAGUUAACAAAAGUUGAACUAAACAGAUUUUUCUAAUAACAGGAAAACUUGUGCUUAACCAUCUCUGCUUUCCUCUUAUUUGAUAAAAUCAUGAAUGAAAUACUUGAAUUAAAUAGGGAUGUAAAUGUAAAGAAAUAAUUUACGAUAAAAAAUAUGUAACUUAUACCUUUAAGUGUGCAAGUUUAUAACUUUUUAUGAAAUCUAAAAAAUUGUGAAAUUGUAGAACAAUAUUUAUGCUCUAAUGAGUUUGGUGUCAAAACACAAGAUGGACUUAGCUGUAGUUUAAAACCAGUAAAUCAUGGCAGGGACCAUGAAUGAAAGUAAAGUGCCUAGAAGUGAAUUGAAAUCAAAGUGCAAAGAUAAAACCAAAGCUCAGUAGCCACACUAACUCGACACAUCCUGGGAAAUAAGACACCCCUGUCUUUCCAAGGGGCUUGUUCAUUUACAAAACCUUCUAAAAUGAUAAUCAUAAUAUAACAAAGUGUCAAUCAUAUUAAACGUGUUUUGUUAAAACAAACUUAAACUCCCCUUAACUGUCACAACUAUGAACAAAAAUAGUUGGGAACAAAUUAUUGGUGUUUGUGCGACUACUGUGUUGGCAACAUUGAUCUUAACUGUAGAAGUUAUAAUUUCUCGUAUAAAUCGGUCUAUACAGAGAAAAUGAAACAACAUUCCCUUCUCAAAUUUGGAUUUUCUUAAGCUCUGAAAAUUGUUGAUGGGCUUUUUCCUAACAUCACCUCUCCCAUGAUAAUUCUUGGAAAUACUGUCUAGUAUACAAAGGGAACUUUGCCUGAUUCUACAUAUAGACACCAUAAAGCCUUAUUUUCAGAGAUUCUAAGGGACGGAGAAAGAAUUUUCAUUUAACAACUGAUAGUAUGUAAGAGAAAAAUGAAGUAUUAUUACGAAUAAAACAGGCAAUACUGUUUCAGUAUAAAAUAGAGAAGACUUUGAAAGUCGUACUGAUGUUUCCAUACUUUGAUACGUAGCAGAGAUGCCAGUAGCACUGUUGCCUUAAAAUCAAUAAUUAUUAAUUAUUGCUAAAUUAUUCUGUGAUGAGCAUAUGUAAAUUAGAAAGUUUAUUUUUGUAGGUUGAAAGUGAGAGUAUAGCCUCAUUCACACAGGGCGAGUUUACUUGCCGGCGAGUACGCUUGCAGUUGUUCACACGAUGCUUUUCCCACUCGUCGCUCAGUAGCUGGCUUGAACCAAAUCCUCUGACAUAUUUGAAUAACAUGCACACAAGUGCAAGCAACUGUGUUCUCACUGGGCUACUUACACGCUAGCUCGCUCAAAAGCUGGCGAGUUGGCGUGUAAAGUAGCCGCAGAGUCAACUUUUUCCAGAGCUUUUUUACAAGCAGCUUUUGAGUGAGUACGUCGUUCACACUGACCUAUUUUACUACCUGCGUGUAAAAAAGCCGGCAUGUAGCUUGUAAACUCGCCCUGUGUGAACGGGGCUUAUGUUUAUCAAUAGGGUUAAAUAUGUAUUUGAUUUAGGAAAUAUAUUUAUUGAUAAUUCAAUCAUGUAAACUCAAUCGGAUAUAUUGUUAUGUAUCUUUGUGAAUUUUUGUCUAUUUGUACAUUUGCUUAUUUUCUGUAUUAUAGACCUAAAUAGAUUAAUAUAUAAAUGU